GGAGGGGAGAACCUUAUUUACAAGAGCUGCGGGCUUCGAGAGGACCAGUAGUAAAGUAAUAGUGGUGAGGUGUAUCCGUCGGCUGCAACGAAUUCUUUCGACAGAAGAUAAUCAGCGAAAAUGCCUUUCAAGCCAGCAGAGAACCCUAAAUGCCCAAAAUGUGGCAAAUCCGUCUAUGCCGCAGAAGAGCGAGUAGCCGGCGGUCUGAAGUGGCACAAAAUGUGCUUCAAGUGUGGCAUGUGCGGGAAAUUCUUGGACUCCACCAACUGUGCAGAGCAUGAAGGUGAACUGUACUGCAAGGUGUGCCACGGAAGGAAAUACGGACCUAAGGGCUAUGGGUUUGGUGGAGGUGCAGGAUGUCUCAGCAUGGACAAAGGAGAACAAUUUGGCAAUGCUGAGGCGGAAAGAUCUAGAGGAGCUAUGCCUGUUCGAGCGAUUGCUAAAGCUCCAGAAGGAGAAGGCUGCCCAAGGUGUGGUGGUUAUGUUUAUGCAGCUGAACAGAUGUUAGCUAGAGGAAGGGGCUGGCAUAGGGAGUGUUUUAAAUGUGCUGAGUGUUCGAAACGACUGGAUUCUGUCAAUUGUUGUGAAGGACCAGACAAGGAUAUUUAUUGCAAAGUGUGCUAUGGGAAGCGCUUCGGGCCCAAAGGCUACGGCUAUGGCCAAGGAGGUGGUGCAUUGCAGAGUGACCCUAUGACAAAUGGUGAGGUUCCUGCUCCACGCACUACAUUGGUAGACACGGCAGUAAUUAAAGCUCCACCUGGACAAGGCUGUCCUAGAUGUGGAGGCGUAGUUUUUGCAGCUGAACAAGUGCUUGCUAAAGGCCGUGAAUGGCAUAGAAAAUGCUUUAAAUGCCAUGACUGCAACAAGACACUUGAUUCAAUAAUUGCUUGUGAUGGCCCUGAUAAGGAUGUGUAUUGUAAAACUUGCUAUGGAAAAAAAUGGGGACCUCAUGGUUAUGGAUUUGCUUGUGGUUCUGGAUUUCUGCAAACUGAUGGGCUCACGGAGGAAGAAAUUUCACAAGGACGUCCCUUCUACAAUCCAGAUACAACUUCUAUUAAGGCCCCUCCAGGACAAGGUUGUCCAAGAUGUGGUGGUAUGGUCUUUGCUGCAGAACAACAAUUAGCUAAAGGAACAAUGUGGCAUAAGAUUUGUUUCAAUUGUUGCCAAUGUCAUCGUCCACUAGAUUCUAUGUUGGCCUGUGAUGGACCUGAUAAGGAAAUUUAUUGCAAAGCUUGUUAUGGCAAAAACUUUGGACCAAAAGGCUUUGGCUAUGGACACUCUCCUACCUUGAUUUCCACCAAUGGAGAAUCAACUGUUACUUAUUCAGAUUGUAAGCCAUUAACUGGCCAUAAAGCGGCUGAAGGCAAAGGUUGUUUACGAUGUGGCUUUGAAGUUUAUGAAGCUGAGAAAAUGAUUAGCAAAAACAGGAUAUGGCACAAGAGAUGCUUUUCAUGUGGUGAUUGUCGCCGAUCUUUAGAUUCUACAAAUCUUAAUGAUGGCCCUGAUGGGGACAUCUAUUGUAGAGGUUGCUAUGGACGUCAUUUUGGACCACGUGGAGUAGGCUUUGGGCUUGGAGCGGGCACACUUACUAUGGCUUAAUUCUCUGUAUUCAUAAAAAAUUUCCACAGAAUAUGCCGAUGUAUUAUGCAUUGCCUUAUUUAAUAAUGCAUUAGUUUGCCAUAUAUUGCAUAUUAUAAAUAUGUAAGGCAUUUAUUUAUUUUUUUUUUAAUUUGUACUUCAACACAUGCUGUCUUGUCAGCACUGCUUUUUACUUCAAUUUAUUAGAUAUGGAAAUUUUUAGAAAACGCAUUUCAGAAUUCUAAAAUGGCAGAAUAACAUUCUCUUAUUGCAAGUUAUAUCUAUUUAUAUACAUUCAUAAAUCGAAAUUGUUGAUUAUUGUUGUACAUGUCAUGAAGCUUUCACUGUACAGAAGUUGAUAUUCUUCUUUUGUGUUAUUUGUAGACAUUAAGUAUUUUGCUUAUUGUACAUAUGUAUUUAAAAUAAUUUCCUGACAUUUGAUCUCUUAAUUAAAGCAAAUGUCACUGGAUUAGACAUAUUUUUUUAAAGAUCAUAAUCAUAUGUAUGGUAUAUAUGUAUAUAUAUUAUAUAUAUAUAUAUAUAUAUAUAUAUAUAU